CGUGUUGACGAGUAUGUUUGUUUUAGAAAAUUUUCAAUUUUUUUUAAAUAGGUAAAUUGUUUGGUUUUGCAUUUGAAGUGUAAUAAUACUGUUUUAUAUAAAUUUUCUUGUUCCUUGCCUUUAUAAUCGCCCGACAUAUAAUGUCAGACAACAUUCUUGUCAGUGAAGAUGCUUGGGGUAGUUUACUUUCAUCCAGAGAUGAAUUGUUGAAAGAGAAUGUCAAGCUAAAACUGGAAUUAGAAGAAAAAGAAAUCGAGAUGAAAAAGAUGAAACCUAUGCUCAGUAUUCAGAGAAAAAUUGAAAUUUAUGAGAUGAUACUUGCGCCGGAAUUGAAAGAUCCUACAUCCGUAUUUAACCAUAGUGUCAUUAAGGGUACACACCAGUUAAUGGAGUAUCAUGAAGCAAAAUGGGCGAUUAUUCUAACCAAAAUCAGUGACCCGAGAGUAGUACGACUCAACGGCUUAAUUGCGAGCGCAAAUAUAACAUCGUUAAUGUUUUGUCACACGAUAGGCAGAUUUUUCACAAUAGCUUUAGGAUUAGGAGGAAUUCAUGUGCCGGACCUCAAUAGCUAUGGUAAACAAGAGAUGGUGGAUAUACUUGAAAGUGACUUUCAUAUCUACGAUAAUUCGACCAUUAGAUGCAUCACCGAUAUUUUAAUGGUCAUGUAAUAAAAAUGUAACAAAUUAUUUGCAUAAUCAUUUUUUGUCUUCCAUGAUAGAUAAUAUGUAAUCAUUUUUUUUUCCUACGAGGAAUAUCCAUGUACAGUUAUACAACUAUCUUAAUUUCUUGUCAUUACGAAUACAAUUGUUUAUUGUUUAAA